AUACAUUUAAUUAUGUGCAUUAUACUAUAUAACUAUAAUAAACAAAUUGUUUAUUAAAAAACUUAUCUCAAGACAAUAACUUCAUUACAACUUUUACUUUCUCUAGAAAUACUUAUUAAAAAUACUAUUUGUAACUUAAUAAAUAUGUCCAAAACUCUUAUCAAUCAAUUUGUUUUAGUGGUUUGCGCUUAUAUUUCAGUAAAUGGCCAGACAUUACCACCGCUGGAGACAUUGCCCACAGACUCUUCGUCUACGGGGCAGUUGUCGGGCGUGAAUGGCAUGAAUAUGUCGAGUAUAUACAGUCCGUUCGAUGAGUGCUGUUUGAAUGGCGCCAACAAUAGUCUCGACGAUCCCAAUGUGGUCUAUAUCGGAGCCGUUGCCCUAAAUAUGGACAACGAGUGUCAAGUGGUCUGUCAGAUACAGGUUCUUCAGUCAUUUUCGUUGGCUAUUGGUCCCUUCAUAAGCACCAGGUCCGUGAUUAUAGGCAACAUAUACACAGCCUUUAUGCCCGACAACUCAACAUGCUCAAAGACAGGCAUGUGCAUGGAAGGCUUGUGUAACAUGAACAUGACCACGGUUACCACCCCAAUGCCCAAAACUACCAUGGGCACCAAUACGACCACAAGCAGACCCAAUUCAAUGACAACGGGCAAUAACUCAACCGCACCCAAGACUAACGCCAACACAAAUGUCCCUAAAAAUUAAUUUUAAAUAAAAUUGGAUUGUUUUGUGUUUUGCAGUUAAUUAAUGAUCAUGUAUUUGUGUAGUAAUCCCUAAAUACCCUCAAAAUCCCUUCAUAUUCUGUGUAAUUCAGUAUCUAAUCAAUAGAUUAAUAGCAAAACAUAUACAUAAUUCACACGAACUUUUGCACUGAAUAUUAUAUACAUGUAUUACCAAUAUUUGC